GACAUCAGAAAUACAUGUACUGUUCCUUUAAUAGCUAUCAGACACUGUUAUAUGAUGCGUGGAGCGUUUCAGCUCUCAGUGCCCAGUCCAACAGAAUAACUGUGUGGACAUGGGAUGAGUCGAGGAGGACGAAGACACACUGGACUCUUAAUGAUCUUAUUAACAGCUUUUCCUUGAUGUGAUUCUAAAGUCCCAGUUGAAGAGAAGCAGCUCUACAGCAUGAAGCUAACACCACCAAGCUUCACUGUGGGUUUGAUGUUCUUUGGGAUAAAUGGAGCGAGGGUGAGAGCACCACGAUGGACCAGAGCUUGCAGGAGAAACUUAUCAUCUUCAUCACCUUGCCGCUGUCCACCAUCAUCAUCCUCACCAACCUGCUCAUCAUCAUCGGUAUCGUCUGCAACAGGCAGCUCCACAACACGCCCAACUACUUCUUCCUGAGCCUGCUGGUGGCAGAUCUCUGCACGGGCCUCGCUCUGCCCUUUAUCCCUCGCAUGGGGCUCAAUCGCUCGCUGCAUUUUCGCUCCUGCCUGGUAGUACACAUCUUCCCCAAUUUUCUCUUUCUGUCCUUUCUCUUCAACUUGGUCAUGGUGCACUAUGAGCGAUAUCUGUGCAUCGUCCAUCCACUGCAUUACAGCCAGUUUUGGGUGCACCGCUGCUUUCCGGCUGCUCUUUUAGCCGUAUGGAUUCCUCCUCUACUCUACGCUAGUUUACCCGCGUUUGGAUGGAACAACUGGAACGAGAGCUUGGAUAAUAAUACAUCACAUGCUAAUGUGUGUGGCUACAUUUUAAGAGAGGGUGAACCAGCAGGAGGUGGACAUAACUGCUCAGAAACGACAUACGACGAGGAGGUGUAUUGCUCCUACAAAAAUAUUUUCCCCAAACCCUUCAUCUACUUGGAAGUCUAUGGGCUUCUCCUGCCUGCCAUCUUCUUCAUCCUGGCCAUGACAGGCCGAGUUCUCUGGAUUACUCGAAAGCAACUGCGUGACAUUUGUAAGCUUAAUCGUUCAGUGGAGCGCAGCGAGGCCUCAGAACAUGAACAGCGCCUCAAUCUGCGCUACGCAAAGUGUGUCGCUGCUGUCUCGCUCACCUUCCUGGUCUGCUGGGUUCCUUACAUCGUCUACCUACAUGUUUCCGUCGUGUUGCUUCGAGGAGAUGGGAAGGGAAGCUCGUCCCUCAACAUCAUUCUCUCGUGCACGGGAAUCGGCAGCAUGGCCAUCAUUCCCAUCAUACUCAGUCUCUCCAACAGGCAGUACACAGAGCCAGUACGCAAUCUGCUGAUGAAAAUCAGGACUCGCUGCACUAGAGUGCAGGACCUCGGGAAUCCUACCUAAAAAAACACUCUACAACACUUUUUUGCAGGAGCACAAGUGUCUUUUCAUAUAAGCAUGUAGCAGGAAGUGGACCUCGGCACUGAGAACAAUGUAGCAGAAUCAAUUUAUUUAAUCAUUCGUACUGUUUUAUUUCCUUGUCAGGUUGUUAAGUAGCUAGUGUGAUAACUUUCUGCUAACAUUCCAGUACUGUUUUCAAAGCUUCCUUAAUGGUUUCCAGUCACGAUGGAUGAUUUGGGUUUAAUGAUUUGCAAACGUCUAAUCUUCUUUCUUUCUUUCUUUCUUUCUUUCUUUCUUUCUUUCUUUCUUUCUUUCUUUCUUUCUUUCUUUCUUUUUUACUUACAGAGCCCCUAUAUUAAUGGAAUUUAGGCCUGAUUCUCCCUAGAGAAUCAUAAAUAGUGAUUUCCGGUUGAAUGAAAUUCUGCCUGAUCGUUACAGACUGCAGUCAAAAAUCACAACAACAUUAAGUCCAUUCAAUUCCAAAGAAACUGCUAGCACAUGGUUGCUAUCACAAUCACAUAGAAAAUGACCUUGAAUACUCGACCAACAGCAUAUAGAAAACCCUACCUAUCGUAAAUAUCCUUUAAUCAACAUUACAAAACAAGGACACUGAUAAUCUAACAGAUAAACUAAAUUUCAUUUUAGUCUUGGCACGAACUUAUUUAUUUUAGUCCUGUUCUAGUCAUUUUUUUUUGUUAGUCGAUAGAUAGAUGUCAGUGUGUCAACUAAAACAGAACAGUUUGGGUUCAGAACACUUUUUCCUUCACAUUUCACCAAUAUUUUCAUUUCUAGACCCCAAAAUAAAAAUGUAAUAAUAUUCUGCUGUUGUAUUUCCUUCAUAAAUGGAACAUCAGAUCAGUUUAAUGACACGCCGUGCCUUAUGCUCUUACCUUCUUUCACAUGUGUUGGCUAAAUGAAUGUUCUGAAGUAGCUAAGCUACAAUCAUGCAAAAACUCAUUGACUGGAAAUAAAGCACAUUUAAUAGUGUUACUCGAGUGAUUUGUUAUGCUGCAUAUACAUUUAAUAAAGUAAAUUAUCGACAAAUGUAAUUGUAAACUGUUCUAGCUAACUAGCUCUAUAUUAGCCGAACAAGACAUGAAUAUGUUUACAAAGGCUAAUAUAUUGCUAGCUAUCUAUAUGAUUUCAUUUGUAUAGGCAAUAGUACUAUUUACCAGCCAAAUAAGGUCAGUGUAGUCAAAACGUUUAUGUUACAUAGACCUUUGCUUUAUUAUUACAGAAGGAGAAUAUCCAGGAGUCUGUCUAGCACAGCUUGAUUCUUAAUCUUAAUUAAAUGUCUUAAUCUUAAAUUUCCGGAGAUGAGGAGAUAGAAAUCUCAUCUGUCCAAUCAACCAUUUAGUCUC